CCUCGCCUUUCCUCUCUCUUUCUCUCUCUCACUCAGCUGUCCUGUUCCUGUUCGCAUUGGUAAGAUCUUUCGACUUUUGUCUCAGUUGGUCUUUUGAGUCUCACUGUUAUUCUCACGGGAAUGGGUUUUAGGAUUUUGAGGAGUGGUUAGGUAACAACAGGUCUUUCUUUAAUCUUAUUAUUAUGAUUAUUAUUAAAUCAACCUAUAUAAUUGAGAAGAACAGCAUUAGGUGAUAAUAGUUAGUAGUUUUUGAAAUAUACUGAUUUGAUUUUUUUUAUGGUGUAAUGAUGUAAUCAUCUUUUAUUCAGAGUCGAACCAAUUGACAAGAAUUUCUUAUUUUGACAUUUACAUGAAAUUGAUGCAACUGUUAACGUUAGAUAGUCUUAUAUAAACACUUUACUCCAAGCAUGAGGAAGUAAAGUUGGAUACUUGUUAUUUAAACCUAGCUAGAAAUAGUCAUCUCUCUCUCUCUCUCUCUCUUAUACUCUGUUGAAGUUGAAGCCUAAGUCGUAGCCGCCCUGCUCGCUGUCGACGGCGAUCGAAGAAGACGGAAACUCCCCACUCGCAGACGAUCGAAGACAGCAAACGGCAACAACUCAGGAUAUCCCUCUUUCAAUGUUUCUCUCUCAUCGAUUAAGUGCUUGGUCCUUACGUUGAGCAAAUUAGUCUAAAAAUAAAAAUAAAUAAAUAAAUAAAAUAAACAGUAAGGGAGUUCUCUGUGAGCUGCUGCAGCAGCUACCUCGACGACGUCCCAGCCCUGAUUGGCUCGCGCAUACCGCUUCAAUUUCAAUGGCCAAAAUUGGCGAAAGCUCUUCGUCUUCGUGCCAAACCACGGAUGCUAAGCCCGUGAUCGUUAGGGUUAAGCGCAAAGCAUUUCAGUCUCCACUAGAUGCUUUCUGGCUUGAGAUUAAUGAGAGGCCCCUGAAGCGCGCACUGUUGGAUUUUGAGAAUCUUUCAAUCACUGGUUCAGCUGGAAAAGUAGAGGAAUUUAAGAGUAAGAAGGUUUUGGUACGGCAUCUGGAGACUGCGGGCAGCACUGAGGCCACCAUUGAUAUUGUACAGUUGUUUGUGGAAUCAGAUUCUGCUGAUGCAACUGGAUCGAAAACAAAGGGUGAGGAACGAAAACACAAUUUAAAGAAGGAGAAUAUACAAGAUCAGCUUUUGUCUAAAGCCAGGAAAACACAAGAGGAAGUUGCAAAAAAUGCUCGUUUUGAACAAAUAUGGAGGAGCAGAAAGGGGGCAAAAGAGGUUAUGCAUGGCAAAUUACACGAAAUGUGCCAUUUCUAUGAUGUUGUCCGUGUAGAUGAUGAGGAAAGAGCCAAUGAGAAGCGACAGCAGGAAGAAACUUUAGAAGACCACAAGCUUAUGUGCAGUUAUUUGCCUCUUCUGAGGGAGUUUAUCCCAAGUGCUGCAGAAGAAAUUGAAUCAGAUUUACAAUCCUACAAAGUUGGAAAAGAGGACUAUGUGUAUGAUUUUUAUACUAUAAACAAUGAGGUAGACAUGGCCACUGUAGAUGCUUUGCACCCCUUUCCUCUGGUUCAAGUAGAUGAGGAGGAUUACUGCGAUGGGCCUGAUGCUUCAGAAUAUGGAAGCGAUGAUUCAAAUGAUGAAAAUAAUCCACUGAAUGAUUAUCCUGAUGAGAUAUCUGAUGGAGAAGACGAGGAUGAAGAAGUGGAUAGUAAAGCCUCCGAUAAAGAAUCAGGAGAAGAAAGUGCUAGUGAUGAAUCGACAGAAUCUGAGCACACAGAAUUGAAGGUCUUUCGUGAAGAUGAAGAACUAUUAUACGAAGAUGAUUAUGAAUAUGAAGAAGGUGACAGUGAUGAUUUUGUUGAUGAUGAUGACCAUGAUGUUGGUGGUUACGGUAAAGAUUGAUAUAUGGUCACAUUAAGUAAGUCGACUCCAACUAUGUUCUAGAAUUUAUGCUCUUAAUUUUGGUUAUCAUUAGAUGUUAGUAAGUUGUUGUUUGAAGUCAGUAAUGCUAGGAGCAUUUACACCUAACAAUUGAUUUUAACUACUUUUUCAAACUAAUAGUAGUUGAAACUAAUAUCACCCGAAUUUGGUUUUCUCUGUACAAACUUGAAUACACUAAUAAUACUUUUAUAGCUUUCAACUUUUGUA